UUGUGGACAGUUGUAACAUGACCUGGCCGUUGGUGCAACAAGACUGCUGCUACUGCUGCCACUACUGCUACAAUUGUUGAAAACUUUUGAGUGUUAGAGGAACCACCAGAAGACAAAUCCAACACGAAGACUUAGGCAUUUUUCCCAAGCCGUUUGUGUGUCAGUAAUCAGGGGGAGCACUGAAAACUAAACGAAAGAAACAACAGCCAUGAAGAAUCUUGUGCUCUUAACGACUUUCGUUUUGUGUCUGUGGGUGACAACAGUCGCAUCAGAUAAUGUUGCAACAACGACAGAAACAACAGUCGCAUCAGAUAAUGUUACAACAACGACAGAGUUGACGCCUGUUGAUGAAUAUGAAGCCAAGGAAAUAAUAGAAGGGCUGUCAGUUAGUGGGACAGAAGAGGAAGGAGAUGGAAGUUCUGCUGAAAAGCGCAUACCAUUCCAGUGGCCUAACGGAUGGUGUUAUUACAGAUGCUCCAAAAAAGUAACCUAUAGACCCUGUAAAAGUGGAAGGUGCAGGAUAGCUUACAAACUAGUUUAUCGUAUGUGUCGCAGAUGUUGUCCAGGAUACCGGUACGAUCGCAGACGUAGGAGAUGUAUAGAUAUAAACGAAUGUCUAAGAAGACCCUGUCAACAUCACUGUGUCAACACACCCGGAUCAUACUUCUGCUUCUGUCAUCACGGUUUCUACGAACAUGGAAAUCACUGCCAUGACGUUAAUGAAUGCGAGUGCGGAAUCCAUUACUGUCCUCAUCCUUACAGGUGUGUUAACACAUAUGGAUCCUACUACUGCGCUUGCCCCGGUGGGUUUCAUCCUCAUGGAAACUGGUGCUACGGGAUGUACAGAGGAAACCCGAAAAGCAAACCGCGAAACAACAGAGAAGUCAUACCAAAGUUUUCGCCAUCGCUACGGAAACAAUCGAAAAAAUAAAACAACAGCUAAACAUCAACAACAACAACUACUGCCACAAUUACUGUUAUAGUAAACAUUCAAAAAUAUACUCCUAGAUACACAUAGUCAAAACCCUCUCAAACAUAUAAUCACACCAGGACAUUAUUCCUGGGUAGUCUUCUCCUUUCCACAUGACCUCCUCACCGGGUCAUCUCAGCUCCUCUCCAGAUUUCAGACAUAAACUUUAUUACUAGUUCGUCUCUCUGCUUGUCUGUUAGUCACUGAUGUCCCACCUUACA